AUGCCAGCCACACGCACCUGGCUCUCAACUCCCGACAAAGCGCUGCCUGGUCAUCUUGUCAUCGUCUGUACCUGGCUGGGGGCCUCGGCCAAGCACAUCGCCAAAUACACCGAUCUGCACCGCUCCAUUGCUCCUCAUGCCCGAAUCCUGCUGAUCGAAUCCGAGGUCUCGAUCCUAGUGAGCAGCUACGCCCGCCAGCGUCGACUGAUCCGGCCCGCCGUGGACGUCGUACUGGAGACCCUGGCAGAGAGUGCGGAAAGUGACGCGCCGCGGAUCCUGCUGCAUACCUUCUCCAAUGGCGGAACCAACACCGCGACGCAGCUGUUGAUUACGCUCAGGGAGACUGUUUCCCAGCCGUUGCCGUUGAUCGGGCUGGUGCUGGACAGUACACCAGCCAAGGGAACAUACUGGAAAUCCUACAAUGCGAUGGUCUUCUCUCUUCCUCCGUCAUCUCGCCUCAUGGGCUCAGUUGUGGUUCACUUUCUCUUGGUCCUGCUCUACACUUGGAUUGCAUGCGGAAACGAGAACCCGGCUAGUCUCAUGCGCCGCACUCUCCUGGAGGAGGAGACGGUCGGUCCAGCGCCCCAACGAGAUGACCCUGACGCAGCAGGAUACGUGUGCUACAUGUACUCGAAGGAGGACCGUAUGACUGACUGGCGGGAUGUCUGGGACCACGCUCAGGAAGCCAAAGAGAAGGGUUGGAAGGUCGAUGAGGUGCUUUUUGAGGGUACGGGUCACUGCGCGCACAUGCCAGAUAAUCCUGCACGGUAUGCAGAAGCAGUUGAGAAAGCAUGGAAUUCCGCUGUGUGCAAGACUGGGUCUAAGCUGUAG